CUGUCUUAUUCUUUACCGCGAGUUCGUGCGUUUGAGUGGUCAAUCGGCGUAAACACACUUGUUUGUCACGAGAAGUUACUAGCGAAGAGCGAGUUCAAGUCUAUUUGUCCAGUUUUUUUUCCGAUCGGGUCGCAAAGUUUUUGUUUUGCAUUUUUUUUUUUCGCGAUCGCAAAUAGUUUGGAAGUGUCUUCGAUUUUUAACGAAUUUCUCAAGAUAUAGACGAGUUGUCGAUUGUGCCAGCUCAAAGUCUGCGAAAGUCGUCAGCCUGGAGUUUGGAGCUUUUGCAGCGUUCAACCACGCAACAACCACCUCAAAACCACUUUUAGUUUCCGUGCUUAACAACCUAGAAAACCCUAUCAAGAUGAUGGCCGUAGCUGCUGCUCAGAAGAACAGGGAAAUGUUCGCCAUUAAGAAAUCCUACAGCAUUGAGAACGGUUAUCCAGCACGCCGCCGCUCAUUGGUUGACGAUGCUCGUUUCGAAUCACUCGUGGUAAAGCAAACUAAGCAAAGUGUCUUGGAAGAGGCGAGACAGCGAUCAAACGAAUCAUUCACAGAUGUGUCCGCAGUCCCAGUCAUGGCUGCACAGACCAUUCAAAUAACAGAAGAACCAAAAAUUGUUGAACCUGUUGUCGAACCAGUCCCGGAACCCGUCAAGGAAUCUGAGCCGGAACCAGAGCCAAAACAAGAGUCUGUCACGGAAGAAUCUCCAGAGGAAUCAGACGCCGGCCUGACGGAAGAGGAGGUCAUUCUCUUGAACGCUGCGAGUGAGAGUAAGGAAGCUGAAAAUGCUAUUCAAAGAGCCGCCCUUGUUCUGCACAUGCGCGAGGGAAUGGGCUCCAUGGCCAGAGUCCUCAAGACGAUCGAAAACUUCAAGGGAACCGUCGUACACAUGGAAUCACGCCCAUCGAAGUCCGACGGUAUCCAGUUUGACAUCUUGGUCAAAGUGGACAUGUCCCGACGAGACCUCCUGAACCUCAUUCGCACCCUCCGCCAGUCCGCCUCCCUCGGUGGUGUCAACCUCCUCACCGAAAACAAAGUUAGCGUAAAAGACCCAUGGUUCCCCCGACACGCUCGCGAUUUGGACAACUGCAACCACUUGAUGACCAAAUACGAACCCGAAUUAGACAUGAACCACCCAGGAUUCUCUGACCCAGUGUACCGCCAGCGCAGGAAGGAAAUCGCCAACAUUGCUUUCGAAUACAAAUACGGAGACCCAAUCCCUGUCAUCGAUUACGCUGAAACCGAAGUUCAGACUUGGGGAGCCGUAUUCAAGAGGGUUCUUGAACUGAUGCCCCAGCACUUCUGUGCCGAAUACCGCAAGGUCUUUGCCAUGCUCCAGGAAGAAGGCAUCUUCCGCGAAGACAAGAUCCCUCAACUCGAAGAAAUGUCCGCUUUCCUUAACAAACAUACUGGUUUCACCCUGCGUCCAGCUGCUGGUCUUCUCACUGCUCGAGACUUCCUCGCCAGUUUGGCAUUCCGUGUUUUCCAGAGCACACAAUACGUGCGUCACGUGAAAACCCCAUUCCACACCGUAGAACCUGACUGCAUUCACGAGCUCCUUGGUCACAUGCCUCUGCUAGCUGACCCCGCCUUCGCUCAAUUCUCGCAAGAAAUUGGGUUGGCCUCCCUUGGAGCUUCCGAUGCUGAAAUCGAAAAAUUAUCCACGGUCUACUGGUUCACCGUUGAGUUCGGACUCUGCAAGGAAAACGGAAAGGUGAAGGCCUACGGAGCUGGACUGUUGUCUAGCUACGGAGAGCUCCUCCACGCUAUCUCUGACAAGCCAGAACACCGACCCUUCGACCCUUCCACCACUGCUGUCCAACCCUACCAGGACCAGGAAUACCAACCUAUCUACUAUGUCGCUGAAAGUUUCGAAGAUGCAAAAGAAAAAUUCAGGAAAUGGGUUUCAACAAUGUCCCGACCAUACGAAGUGCGAUACAACCCCCACACCCAGCAAGUCGAAGUUUUGGACUCCGUAGACAGGCUAGACAACCUGAUGUCUCAGCUGAACUUGGAAAUGCUUCACUUAAACACAGCUCUCACCAAGCUGAAGGCUAGUUUCGCGUAGAGCAACCCAUUGAUACCUCCCCGAUUAUGCAUCUUUACCCAUCGAUCGAUUUCCUCCGUGCAACGAGUUUGUUACCGGAGUGAAAAACCGUCACAAUGCUACAUCGAAAUUUUAUCUUCCUGAUACAAAAUUAAUGAGCGUCCAUUCGUGGACAACUUUAAUCGCCUCUCAUUGUUGGGUAGGGCUGUAUCUAUUUCCUUCCCGAAAAGACUUCGAAUGCUUAGAGAUUUUAUUGUAAAGAUUCAUUUGUUGAAUGAAUACUCGUUUCUUUUGCAUCUCAUUAAAUUAUAUAGUAAUUUUAUUUUUUUGUGUAUAUAAUGUGCUUUAAGUGAUUUGUGUGACAUACGAACGACGGGCGAUUUGAAACUCUCGCGAAGUUUUUAUCACGCCAACUGCGGAAUCAAUACGUUAUAAUUUCAUUGUUUCUAGUGCUGUCGGGCACGCUUGUGUCCUGCCAGAUUCUUAGUCUUGACAUAUGUGUACAGUAUGUUAGCUGAGCGGAAAUGAUGUCUUUAUAAAGAAGUUUUUGAUGUACCUAUUUUACUGCUUAGUUGUAGGUGCCUCUUGCCAACACGUUUAAAGCACACUAAACCUAUGCCUAUAUUUAAAGUGAUUACCUACGACAAUGUUAGUUUUAGCUUGUUCGCUGUUCUUUCGUCUCCUAUUAGAUUAGAGUAGAUAAUCUAUAAUAGAAGCCCCCAAACUUUGUUCAAACAAAGUUGUUGAAAUGAGAAAAUUUAGUUUCUGAUCCUU